CGACUCGGAAAAAAGGGACGAAGAAGUCGGACGCGUUCAGGCGCAGCGCACUACUUCUCCCCGAGAGAAACACCGGCGAGCAAUAAUAAAUGGCGUCAUAGCCACGGACCUUCCUCCCCCAAGCGGAUCACACCACCAACCCCCCGCCGCCUUCCUCCUCCUCGCCGACCGACCCCGCCCGCCCGCGACCGCACGCGUCAACCCGCCCCCCACCGCCGGUGCUCCUGCGACCGCCGCGGGUGAGGCGGAGAUCCAUCCGUCCAUCUGAGCUCCUACUGACUCGACGCCGCUCCGAGGAUUUGUUUCGGGGGCUCAGGUUCAGCGCAAGUGGCUGGACCCCCCAUGCCACACGUGAACGCCAAGGUGUCGGCGGUGGCGGCGACGGGGAUGUCCGCCGUGCCUGCGGCCGCGGCGCCGCCGUCGCCGAGGAGGUGGGAGGGGGUGGACCCGGCGCUGGAGAGGAUGGUGCUGCGCGCGUGCCUGGACCAGGCCCCCGAGCGCCGCCGCGUGCGCGAGGCCUUCAAGGACGUGCAGCUCAGCAUUGACCACUGCCUCUUCAAGGCACAAUACAGUGACAUUGGAACAAAAGAGUCAUAUGAGCGGAACUCCAGAGGUGUGGAGAUAUUCUCAAAAUGUUGGUUUCCGGAGAACCAUCGUAUGAAAGCAAUUGUUUGUCUCUGCCAUGGUUAUGGAGACACCUGUACCUUUUUCCUUGAUGGGAUUGCUAGGAAGAUUGCUUCGGCUGGAUAUGGAGUAUUUGCAUUGGACUACCCUGGUUUUGGUCUUUCUGAAGGACUUCAUGGAUAUAUUCCAAGUUUUGAUACUCUUGUUGACGAUGUUGCUGAACAUUUUGCUAAGAUCAAAGGGAAUCCUGAAUACAGAGAUCUCCCAAGCUUUCUGUUUGGCCAAUCUAUGGGUGGUGCAGUUGCAUUGAAGAUUCACUUUAAGCAACCGAAAGACUGGAAUGGUGCAAUUCUAGUUGCACCUAUGUGCAAGAUUUCAGAUGACGUGGUACCAGCUUGGCCUGUUCAGCAAGUUCUGAUUUUCAUGGCUAAACUUCUUCCAAAAGAGAAGCUUGUUCCACAGAAAGACUUGGCAGAAUUGGCAUUCAGAGAGAAAGAAAAACAAGAGCAGUGUUCUUACAAUGUGAUUGCCUACAAGGAUAAACCACGUCUCCGAACAGCUCUGGAGAUGCUGAGGACCACACAAGAGAUAGAAAGUCGCCUACAAGAAGUUUCCCUGCCCAUAAUCAUUCUGCAUGGUGAGGCUGAUUUGGUCACCGACCCAGGCGUGAGCAAAGAUCUGUAUGAAAAAGCGAAGACAUCGGACAAGACGCUGCGACUUUACAAAGACGGCUACCAUGCCAUCUUGGAAGGUGAACCGGACGAGGGGAUCUUCAAAGUUCUCGACGAUAUAAUCUCCUGGCUGGAUCAGCAUUCUGCAAAGGAGAUACCGUCGUCGUGAGCUGCACAGUUUUUUAUCCUUUAAUCAUUUGUCGAGCAUCACAGGUCACGGUUGGGAAUUCUAUUUUGGGUUUUACACUUGAUACACGCACUGAUUUCCUGCUGAUUGUGAAUAUGUAUCUAGCAUUCAUCAUGUUGGUGUGA